AGUGCCCGAGUCGGGGCGGCGAGAGGCAGCGUGUGGGAGCGGCGGGGCGGAGGGGAGUGAUCCCGCAGCGAUGAUCCAGGCGAUUCUGGUUUUCAACAACCACGGGAAGCCGCGGCUGGUCCGCUUCUACCAGCGUUUCCCAGAAGAAAUUCAACAGCAGAUUGUCCGAGAGACUUUCCAUCUGGUGCUCAAGCGGGAUGACAACAUCUGUAACUUUUUGGAGGGCGGAAGUCUGAUUGGUGGUUCUGACUACAAACUGAUUUACCGGCACUAUGCGACCCUCUACUUUGUGUUUUGUGUGGAUUCGUCAGAGAGUGAGCUGGGGAUCUUGGACCUCAUCCAGGUUUUUGUAGAGACCCUGGAUAAGUGUUUUGAAAAUGUGUGUGAAUUGGAUUUGAUCUUCCACAUGGAUAAGGUGCACUACAUCCUGCAGGAGGUGGUCAUGGGGGGCAUGGUGCUGGAGACAAACAUGAACGAGAUCGUCGCCCAGAUUGAAGCCCAGAACCGGCUGGAGAAAUCCGAGGGCGGCCUCUCAGCAGCGCCAGCACGGGCCGUGUCUGCCGUGAAGAACAUCAACCUGCCCGAGAUCCCACGCAACAUCAACCUCGGCGACCUCAACAUCAAAGUCCCCAACCUGUCCCAGUUUGUCUGAGGGUGAAGGAGUGGGUGACCUGGAGUCCUUGAAACGGGCCAAGCCCAACAAGUCCAGAAACAACUCGUACAAGCCUUAGGAGUGUCAGACCACGGGCCCUCGAGCCUGCCUGGGUGGUGUACAGCAGAAAAGGGAUUCCCACGGAGACGGCUGCUCUGGGCUCUACCCUCGGCUGCAGCGUGCCCAUCUAGGACAUGGGGCUUCUGUAGAUGGCAGGGGCCCUGCACUCCCAGUGGGGUUAGGCACACACUACUUGCACCUUUACCGCCCCCAUGCAGCUGCUCCAUAGCCUGGGGAUUAUGUUGAGCAGGUCAUCUGCUUCCCUAAACCUCACCUUGGAACCAAGUACGGUCCCUUCCUAGAGACUUCAGUCUUAGCACACAAGCUCACAGGGCAGGGGGUGAGGUGCCACAGAGAAAGAGAAGGGCUGAUCUGUCCCAUCUGGGGGUGUCAUGAGUGGCAGGUAAGGGCCGCCCCCUUGCUAACUUGGCAUAUAUGUUGCACCUGAGCCCUUGUGCAGUGCCGGGCUCUUUGGUUGACACGUCCUGCAGGAUAUUUGGCCCCACUUCACUGUCCUGCUUCUGUUGUCACAGGUAUUGAGGUGCAGGACACAGUGCAGACUGGAAGCCUGGAGUAUGCCCACCACCCUUCUGUGGGUGGGGAGAGCGCCCCUCUAGAUGCGCCAAGAGGUCCCUGGUGACGAGCAGAGGCCCCGAGUCUGCAGAAGGCCCACGACAACCUGUGGAACAUCCCAAACUGUGGCUCUUUACAAGUUUAAAAUAUACUCUCCUCGCGAGAGCAGAAAGUCCA